GGAAAGGAUAGAGUUCAAAAUCAUCAAGUCUCCUCACAACUCAACUCACACGCUCAAUGCUGGUUGGGGCCAUGGGCACAUUUUACACCAACACCGGCCGCCGGGGGCUUCCAGGGAUCCGAGAUGAAGAUGACGAUGUCGAUGACUAUGAAAACAUGGCCACCCCGUACAAAGACCUUCCGCCUAAACCAAAUUCAGCGGUUCCACCGAGGCCUCCGAGGGCAGGAAAGAAACCAAACAACCCUCCUCUUCCCCGCAAGUCCCCCCAAAUCACAGGCCGGGAUGUCCCCACCGUCACCGCUAUGUUUUCUCCACAGGGCAUGAACCUAGAACCCCCACCGUUCCAGCCGCCCCCAUCCACGACCCCGGUGUCCUGGCUCCGUCGGAAGUCUCAGGGUCUCUGGCGGCAUCAGGAGGAGAGACUGAUCAUGUCUCUGUGUCUGCUGGUGCUGGCAGCUUUGUUCUUGGGUUGCAUCAGCCUGGUGGUGACCCUGAUGAGGUACCAGGAGCUGGUGGAAGAACUCAAGACGUUGACCUUGCAGCAGGUGGCCUGGAGAGCCAACGUGACCGGCGUGCAGGGCCUGGCCGGCCUGAGGAGGGACCUGGAGCGCGUCAGAGCCGACACGAACCGCUCGCUCACGGAGCUCCGCGGCUCACUGGACUGUGGCCGCUUCACCUGCCCCGAGGGCUGGCUCCCCUUCCAGGAGCGGUGCUACUACUUCUCGCCGACCACCAGGCCCUGGGAGGCGGCGCGGACCUUCUGCCAGGAGCACUACUCGCACCUGGUCAUCAUCAGCAGCGCCGCCGAGCAGGCGAGUGUCCCCGCCGGCCGCCACCUGCGGAAUCUGGAGCAAGGUCUCCCCGCAAUCUUGUCUUCAGACUCCGCCUCGGGGACCCCAGCGGCCAGACCCCCGCCACCCCCUCCCGGACCCCGCAAGACCCACGGACAUUUCUGGAUCGUCACAGCCUGA